AUACGGAAGAAAGAAAUAAAAAUCCAAGCUUUCCCACUACACGGAACCAAAAACAGGAUCUUUGUCUUGGCAACAGAGCAAAACAGUCUAGAAGCUGCCAAAAAGUACAUUCCCAAAAAACUGCCUGCAAAAUCCACCAUUCUCAUCUUUGCAGGAGACUAACCAAAGCAAAUGGAUCCAAAACCCAUCAUCAUCCUCAUCCUACCAAUCAUCCUUUCCUUGAUCGCCACGGCUAUUGUCACUGCUUCGGCUGACUCCUCCUAUGUUCGACCUCUGCCUCGCAGAACUCUUCAGUUCCCAUGGAACCCAAAACCCUCUUCUAAUCCCCAGCAGGUGCACAUUUCUUUGGCAGGAGACAAGCACAUGAGAGUCACUUGGAUCACAGAUGACAAGUCUUCACCUUCGAAGGUUGAAUAUGGAACGUCACCUGGGAGAUACAGCUCCGUAGCUCAAGGAGAAAGUACCUCUUAUAGUUAUUUGUUCUAUAAAUCAGGACAGAUACACCACACUGUCAUCGGGCCUCUGCAACCUGGCACUGUGUACUUCUACCGGUGUGGAGGACAAGAUCCCGAGUUUCAGCUCAAAACCCCUCCUGCUCAACUUCCUGUUACUUUUGCUGUGGCAGGGGAUCUGGGACAAACUGGCUGGACUAAAUCAACGCUUGAUCAUAUUGACCAGUGUAAAUAUGAUUUGCAUUUGCUACCAGGAGACCUUUCUUAUGCCGAUUAUAUUCAGCAUAAAUGGGACACAUUUGGUGAGCUGGUGCAGCCACUUGCGAGUGCAAGGCCAUGGAUGGUAACACAAGGGAACCAUGAGAAGGAGAACAUACCAUUAUUAAAAGAUGCGUUUCAAUCCUAUAAUGCUAGAUGGAAGAUGCCAUACAAGGAGAGUGGAUCAGGUUCCAACCUCUAUUAUUCAUUUGAAGUUGCGGGCGUACAUGUUAUCAUGCUUGGUUCAUACACCGAUUAUGACAUAUAUUCUGAUCAAUACAGGUGGCUGAAGGCUGAUCUCUCAACGGUGGAUCGCAAAAGGACUCCUUGGUUAAUUGUGCUAUUCCAUGUCCCAUGGUACAAUAGCAACAAGGCUCAUCAAGGUGAAGGGGAUGAUAUGAUGGCAUCAAUGGAGCCUUUGCUUCAUGCUGCUAGUGUAGAUAUAGUGCUUGCAGGCCAUGUUCAUGCCUACGAACGCUCGAAUCGUGUCAACAAUGGAAAAGCAGAUCCUUGUGGUGCUGUUCACAUAACCAUCGGUGAUGGAGGAAACAGAGAAGGAUUAGCUCACAAGUAUAAAAUCCCAUCACCUGAGUGGUCUGUAUUCCGUGAAGCAAGUUUUGGCCAUGGUGAGCUCAAGGUAGUAAAUUCGACUCAUGCCUUCUGGAGCUGGCAUCGGAAUGAUGAUGAUGAGCCUGUAAAGUCUGAUGAUGUCUGGAUAACGUCAUUGGUCUCUUCAGGAUGUGUUGCUGAGAAAAGCCAUGAACUAAGGAAGAUACUUAUGGCACCAUAGAAUUAUAUGCAGAGUUGGUUGCUCUACUCUAAUUUGCAUGAAUUUUUAUCUUACCAAGGUGUUGAUGUAAAGAUUAGCUGAAAUUAUCUAUCAUAGUUGUGUGAGUCCAGGAGAGCCGCAUUCAUCAGUGAACAGCAUGAUCCUUUUAAGUGUGUGGAAGAACGAUGCCUUAAGCCUCGACUUAAUUGGCAAAAUUACUCAGUAUAUUGUACCUGAGAGAUUGAAGCAUCUCGCUUAUUAGAAAAUAGAUGGAAGUGUAUCCGUUUAUGUCAA